AAAUCCUUUCCAAGUUCAGCCUAUUUAUUUGUAAAACAGAUUUUUGGGUUUCUUCCACAGCUCUCACACGAAAAGAAGGUCGGACAUCUUCCUCUUCUUGUGAUUUCUCUUACAGUUUCUAAGGUUAUCUGGAGUUGGUAAAUUGAUCGGUGAUCGUGUUUUGCUCCUGUAGCCAUGGCUGCUAGGAUUCUUGCUAACUUGAUUGUGAUGGGCUCUGGAAUAAUGAUUCGAGCGUUUGCUCAAGCAUAUCGCCAGGCACUUGCAAAUGCCUCAAAGACUGGUGCUGCGCACGAAGCAGUACAAACUAUGAAAAGAGGUAGUAAAAUGAUGACUGAAUCGGAGGCUAGGCAGAUACUUGGUGUCACCGAGGAUACACCAUGGGAAGAGAUUGUGAAGAGGUAUGACAAGUUGUUUGAGAGGAAUACUCAGAGUGGCAGUUUCUAUCUCCAAUCGAAGGUUGUUAGAGCGAAAGAAUGUCUGGAAAGUAUUGAGAAACCAAAGCAGGGGCAGCAGCAGAACCCGAGUUAAAGCAUUGCUUCCUGGUUCGUGAGAAAUUGCUCUUCCCGAGUCGUUAACUAUAGCUAGUUGUCUUGUUUUUUCUCUUGUUGUUGCCAUUUAACAUCUGGAAUAUGGGGAUGUGGUACAAAAAAAAUUCUCAAUUAUUAGUUGAGCUACGAUUGUUUUGCAA